GCUCUGGCGGUUGGCAGGGCAACCUCCUUCAAUUGGUGUGAAGCGGUGGAAGGAGGAGGAGCUCCCUCUGUGCUCUCUUCUCGGCAAUCACAGCUCUCAGGCUUGUUGCGUCUAGACCCUUCUAAAAAAAAAAAAACAACCAAGCAGAUUCCCAAGGGACCCUUGCAGACAAGUCAGCUCAGGGGAGGCGGCUGAGGCGGGAUGCGGGCUGCUAGUGGGGUGCAGCCCCAUAGCCAGGGGCUGGCCCUGCCAGCGUGCCUUUGCUGGGUUGCUGGGAAGAGGUGGAAGUGCUGAGCUCUGCAGACUUGGAAGCAAGGGAAGGCCCAAGCUGCUGGAGAGGAGCCUGGCUACCCCAUGGGGAACACGCUGAGCUAUUGCGUGGGCACCAACGCCUGCCUCAAGCGGGGCCAGCGCAGGAGGUCUGGGGAGCUGUCCUGCAGCGCUGACAUUUAUGAGGCAGCAUCAAGCAAAGGUGUAGGCCAAGGCAGAGAGGAACGGAGGCGCCGCGGAUGGAACAUGCUGCUGCCUGAUGCCAGGCCCAAGCAAAGCCAGCGCAGGGUGCAGUGGGUGAAACCGCCCUGCAGCUAUAACCUCACGGAGGCAGAGGUGGCAGCAGCCCCACACCCCACUGCUGUGGAGCCUACCCAGUCGGAUUUCGGAGCCCACGAGGGCCGUGACCUGAGCACACCAGCGACCAGGAGAUGCCCAAAGAUUUUGCUUCUGACUAUCCAAGGGAAAGCACACUCUUCCUGAGAAAAUAUCAAAUGAGUGUGCAAGAAAAGAGGAGCAGCUCUCACCUACACUACAUACCUGCACGGCAUCUUGAUAGAAAAUACAGCUCAUGUUCCACCAUAUUGCUAGAUAACAGCACACUCAGCCAGCCUGACCUUAGACACACACUGGAAAGUGUGGCUUUGGCAAUAUAUUACGACAUAAAGCACAGAUAUGCAAAUAGAUCUCUGGCUAUUUUUGAAGAGCCAAUACAUCCACUUUCACAAGACAAGGUUCCAGGGAAAUCCUUCAAGCCUGAUCCCAAACGCAACUGUGUUUUCAGAUAUUUCUGUACUCUUUCUCAAGUCAUAAAACUAACAGCUCCAUGUGCAAUCGUAGCUUUGGUGUACAUCGAACGACUUCUAACUAGUGCUAACAUCGAUCUUUGUCCCACUAAUUGGAAAAAGAUUGUCCUCGGAGCCGUGCUUCUUGCUUCCAAAGUGCGGAGAAAUCAUGGUCUGUGGAGUGUGGGUGACAGCCAGAAGCCCAAGGACACUGCAGUUGAGAACACGAGCAAGAUGGAGAAGUGUUUCUUGGAGCUACUUGAGUUUAAUAUUCAUGUAUCUGCCAGUGUUUAUGCAAAAUAUUACCUUGACCUGCGUGCCUUGGCAAAUGACCAUGACCUGUAUUUUCUAUUUAGUUUUCUUCACGAAGAUAAAGCCCAGAAACUGAGGCUAGGUCAUGGCUGUGUGAAUACAAAAACGCAUCGAGAUGCCGCUGCUAUGAAAAGGGCUGUCAGCAUGAACUUCAUUGGUAUUCGGUGCUCUAAUGCCAUCUUAUCUUAAAGAGAAAAAUUAGCCUUAUAAGACCCUGAGCUUCUCAACUGUAAAGACUAGAAAAUAUCACUUCUGCUGAAAGAAACAACAAAAUUAGGAUUUUCUUUUUUUCUUCUUUGUUUUAUUUGUUAUUUUUUUUUUUCAUUUGUUUGUUUAAGAUUUUCAUCAAGAGGAAGCAUCUUCAAGUUAGCCACAUUGUGGAACUGGCUGAUGGUGGUAUGAACAGUGGGUGCCGGGUGCUUCCUGCCCUUCCUCUUUCACUGGGUCUAGAUGGCAUUCCUAGGGCACCACCUUCUUGAACAACUCUUGGAGAGAAGGAGUGUCACGUGGACACAGCACAUCCCAGCUCAGAGUCCAGUCAUCCACAGUCUCAAGCAGGUGCCAGUGGUGUCCACAGUCACCCACAGUCCCUAGCAGAUGACAGUGGUCUGAGCUGAGCUGGAGCUAAAAAAAACUUUAGAAUUGGCUCCAGAUUUGUGAGAGCACCUGGGUUUGGUUCUCUGUCCACUGAGGCACUGAAUGCAUGAUGGCGCAAAACUCAACAAUGGUAGGAAGAGAGAGUGGCAUCAGCGCAAGGCUGUCAUUCCUCCAAGCACCAGGGUGCCUCAGGUCUGCUCAUCUAGUCUUCGGAGGGAAUCUGUGCAUGUGAAAUGAGGCCCCCACGUCAUGGUUAUAAAGGAAGAGAUGAAAUCAGCUCAUCUUCUCCCAGGCCGAUAAUGGUCACGCCACCUAAGGAAGCGGUAAAAGACCUGGCCUUGGGAUUCUUAGGGGAGCUACAGAAGUGAAAACUGAAUUUACCCAGUUCCGGGAAAACAACAAAGGAGGAGCAUCUGGGUUCAAAACCUUAUCAGAAGAUCAUUUUCCCAGCUAAUCUUGCCCUGGUGCAUUGUAUGGUCUCAGCACUUGUCAACAAUACAAAAGACUGUCUAUAAUUCUAAGACAGGGACACACCACGCCUCACAUUUUCCGGUGCACUGCAGUGGUUCAAGAGAUUGCUGGUGCUGCCUGCAUCUGUCUGUUUGCAUAUGGAGAGGAACUGCGGUUCUCACAGGAGCAGCUUCUGCAUCCUGAGGAAGUUUGCCCACACAGUUCUGGUUGUAAUAACUGGUGGCACCUACUGACAUGCAGUCAACAAUGGGACUCCUGUGGUGCACAGGACUGCCCCCCUCGUCAAUCAAGAAAUAAUUUUCUGGCUUCCAAAAUAGAAGGUGCUGAGGAUCAACUGCUUCAGAGUCUACAAGGGAAACAUUUUCAGAGACUUUCUUUUUUGUCACAAGAACACCAGAUCCCCACCAAUGUGAGAUGGUAGAUCAAGUUUUUGUGCAAGGGUGGAUGUGGGGGGCAGAAUCCUAAGACGCCCCAUGAUCUCUGCUGUGUUUUGUUACACCCUGAAUCCUCAUCUUUCCUUGGGUACGGCCAGACCUGUGCCUUGUUCUAGACAUUUGAAUAUGGCAAAGUGAGGGAAUGGCUCUUGCGAGUUACCUUUCCUUUCCUUUUAUCGGGAACAAUAUGACUCCCUAUUUUCUUUCUUGCGUUUACUUUCACAGUGCAAUGGUUUGGAAUAUCCCACUGUCAAUUCGUGAUUUCCUCCUCCAACCAUAAUCUAUGGCCCUUUAUAUGUAAUGGAAUGUUUUCAUGUAUUGAUAUUUUGUCUGAAGAUAAAAUAUUAGACUAAACAUGUUAAAACAUUUCAUGCAAAACCUUCA